CAAUAUAAUUUUGUGGAUUUGCUCGAGUCGUAUGUCAUGUUUGAUUGGUGGCAAGGCGCCGCCUUAUUUAAAAGCUUUAAAUAGGUUCUGUGUCUGUAGACAGGACAAAUAAAACCAAUUAAUUGGAUGUUUUGAAGAACGCAGUAUCGAAUCAGCAGCCAAGUUUUGACUAAUAUACGUCGUCUCAUUUUGCUGAAUAAUAUUAUUUUUUCGAAUAAUUUUUAAUACAAAGUCUAGUUGUUAAACCUGCAUAGGCAAAUUAACGAUAUCAACUUCGAUAGCCAUAUAAUAUGGAUCCGAUACGAAGGCAGGAACAUAUUCAAGAUAUGCCAUCAUCUAGUAUUGCAUCUAAGCUGCCUCAACAACGUUUCGAGCAUCGACGGAAGAGAAAAUUAUCGGACGAACCGGAUUAUAGCACAAUGAAACCAGAAGCGAAGCAUCAAAUCAUUGAACGAAUUGGCCUUCUUAACAAAAUUAUCGAACCAUGUACCCAUAAGUCCUACAUUAAUUUGCUAGACCUUAGCGAUGAAAUACUUCUUCUUGUAUUCAAGCAAUUGGACAGUAUUAGUUUGAUUCCAUUAUCUAAAGUGUGUAUCCGACUACAAAGGUUAGUUGCUGACAAAACUCUAUGGAUGGAUGCUGAUUUCACUUCAGUCAAGCUACUUACCAUGGAAGUACAUCGAUGCGUGAAAUAUCUACAACCUGGCACAACUAAAAGUUUAAAACUGCGUGGUAUGACUAGUGUUUAUCCUGCUGAACAAUGGAACGUUCCGACAUUGACACCAGGUAUUCUAAAAUCUAUAGAAACUCGAUGCUGUCUAUUAGAACGGUUGGAGCUUACCGAAGCAUAUAUCGAUAUGAACGAUGUCAGCAUUAUCUUUUUUCCCCACUGUUUACGCUCGCUAGCGUUUCGCAAGUGCGCAUUGUCAGUGCAAAAUAUUAACAGCCAUCUCAUAGUACCCCCGCAACAAAUGCGUUCAUUUUUAUCCAAUAUGUAUAAAUAUUUCGAUCGCUUGGAGGAACUUACAAUUGAAUAUUGUGCUUGGUUCGACACGCAUGAUUUUAUGAUUCUAUCAAAGCUACCAAAUUUAAGAUAUUUAAGCUUGAAGGGAUGUGCAAAUAUUAAAGACAGUGUUCCAUAUGCCAGUUUGGCGACUCGUUUCGGUUUUAAAAACCUGGAAAUUCUUGAUUUACGUGAUACCCCAAUAUCCGAUUCCGAUGUGAGUUGUUUCAACAUUGUGCGCUCUUUAAAGGAAUUAAAGCUCGAAUGUCCUGAUCAUUUACGAACUGAAAAUGGACUUCAUGAGUACAAUGAAGCAGAACGCUUACGUGUCGAACAAUUGCAUCGUUUGGCCGUUCCUGAUCUACGCCAAAAUGAAAAUGUUGUUAACGAUCAUGCACCUGCACAUCAGAUUGAAGGACAAAUAGAAGCUGCACGUGUUCCUCCCAAUAAUCCGCAACCAGCACAUGGAGUGUUUGAGAUACGCGUAGUACACGGAGAUUAUCCAAGACAGGUACAAGGAAAUCAAGAUAAUUUAAUUCGAAUUGUACGGGGACAAGCAGGUGUUUUGAUCAAUAAUCAACGAGUUCAACCACCGGCCCCGGUAGCAGACAGACCCGAAGGGCAAGGUUCUCCGCCCCCACACUUAGAAGCGCGAAGAGUACGUGCUGUAAGUCCCGCAGACGAACAAAAUCAACAGGUAGAACCCAUAAGAAAUGACGAAAAUAAUCAUAACAAUGUGGAUCGACAACACAUUGUGCGUAUUAUUAAUAGAGAUUUGCUACUGCAACGUAGAGAGCAUGUCGAAUUAGAAAAUCCUCCACUUUUACGUCGAGCUGGUGAUCAAAUCAAUGCUGCAUAUCAACAUAUUUUUGAUGCUCGUGGAAAUAAUGCUCAUCGGCCCCCUGUGCUUGAACUCCAACCUGAAAUUGCAGCUCAAGCUCAUGAUGAAAACGGCCCAGUAGAACGCGAGCAACCUUUUUUGAAUGUUCACUUGCGAUUCCAUGAUGCAGCCAAUAAUGCUCCAGUGCAGAAUAAUCAUCACGAUGGUCAGGAAAAUAAUCCACAACCGCAACGAGUCUUGCCACACGUAAUUAUUAUGCCCGGAAAUUUCCCAGAAAACUUCCCUGCAAUUGCUAACGGGCCGGGCCGGGGCUACCAGCAUCAAGUAUUUGUAAAUUUAGGUGCAGGGCAACCAGCUCCAAAUUACGUAUCGUUAAUCAGUGAUCGUGGAAUAUGUGCGUACGGAAUAUCACGCAAUGAACUUGCGGGAGGUUUUUUAGGAGGAAUAUUACAUCACAAUUUUACCGGACUGGAAAGAUUGUCUGUGCGAAAUUAUAAGCUUGUGACGGACAUAUCGUUGGACCAUCUCGAAUCAGCUGCCCCACAUUUGAAACUUUUAGAUGUAACUGGUACUUCUGUUACUGCUCAGGGCGUACGCAGCUUCAAGCUUUCUCGUCCCAGCUGUAUAAUUAUUUCCGAUUUUGACCUAAUGUAAAUUUUAAAACUCCAUGUAAUACAUUUUUAUUAAAUUACUAGCUGGCCCAGUAAACCUAGUUUUUCCCAACAUAGUAUUAGUUGACGAUAAAGUAUUAUGUGCUGUAAAUAUUCUUUCUUUUUAUAUGUUCAUAUCAUUGACGUUUAUUGAAAAAAAUAAUAGGGUACAGAACAUAUUUUCAACUGUAAAUUAGAAUUGAUCCAUUGAUAAAUUUACAUUUAAACAAUUACGAUAUUGUAAUAAACAAAUAACUUCUAUUAAUCUCUUACCGUAUCAAUAAACGAUGCGCAAUAUCAGAUUGCGUAUACAGGCGGUCCCCGAGAUACAUGGUUGAUGGGGACCUUAAACGGCCGCAAAAAACCGCGUGAAUUGAAUUUCGUGAUUUCCAGCCAAAUCAUUAUUAAUUUUCGUAUAAUUUUGCAAGUAGGGGGCGGUUUUAUCCACUUAUUUAAAUAUUUGAUAUGAUUCUCACUGAAUAUAAUAGUUUUUAACCUUUCAAGGCCUUGCUACAUGAAUCGAAAUUUCAAAAAGUUUUCGGUCAAAAGGGGGGGCCAGGCGAAAACUUUACGUCAAAAAGAUUUCAGCUCCAAGAGCUGAAAUCUUCUUCUUCUUCUUAUUAGGCUUGAUGGAAUAAUACAGUCAUUAUCCGAUAUACGCUAUCGUACGGGACCGAGCGCAAUAGCGUAUCUCGAGUUUUCGCGUAUAGCGGAUUCCUAUCGAAAAAUAGUUUACACUACCGGAUCGAGGGUUGAAAACUAUCGACACAGAGUUUUGCAUUAAAGUUUUUUGUUAUAAAACAGGUAUCUUUUGCCCAAAUUUAAUGCAAAAUGCAUUAAUAACAUUAAGGAAAUUCAAAAAAACCAUAAAAUAUUUCAAAGAAUUAAAAUAUUUGCAAAAAACACAUGGAGCUGUCAAAUUUAGAGGAAACGCGUACAGCAAUUAUCCGCAGUACGCGAUACUCGAUAUACGCGAAUUCGCAGUACGCGUACGCGCUUUCCUCGGCAUGCAAAGAACGAUGGAGCUGAGAAAAAAUUGAAUUGGCAGUUUAUAGCGAUCGAUCAAUUAUAGUUUGCAUUUUUGCUGUCUAAUAAUCGUAGAAAUAUUAUUAAAAAGUAAAAGGAACUAUUUUUACUUCAUUUUAGCGAUUAAAAUGAAUUUUAUCAACAUCAUUUUAGAAGUCUCAUCUCAGCGCUUUUCAGAGCUUCUACACACACCGGCGUGAGAAACCGAUUGUCAAUUUUCUCACAGCCAUCUCUCACCUUCAGGCUCGGUGUAUGUAGAAACGCUCUCAUCCGAAAUCUUUUUGACAGCAACCCGAAAACUCAAAAUGACAGCAUUGUAGGUGUCAACAGGAAAAGGAAGAGCAUUAUCACAACAAAACAAAAUAAAACAAGCAUAAAGCCGGCAUUGUAAAA